AUUUUAUAUUAAGCACAAUUUUCAAGAUUAAUAACAAAUUAUAAUUCGACAAAUUAAAAACAACAAAACGACAAAAAUAUAUCAAAACGCACUUAACGACGUAAACGAGUGGGCACUGAUGGGCACUGAGGUCACACACCACGACGAAAAAAAGAAAAGAUAAAAAAAAAAAAGAAAAAAGAACAAUGGAGGCCCACGACAUUUAUUACAAUAGAACCGAAUACGUUGAAACAGCAUCAGGCAAUAAAGUUAGUAGACAAACAGUUCUAUGUGGUUCACAAAGUAUUGUUCUUCAUGGAAAAGUAAUUGUCCAAUCGGAUGCAAUUAUACGUGGUGAUUUAUCAAAUGUACGAACUGGAAGAUAUUGUGUUAUAAGUAAAAAUGUUGUUAUUCGUCCACCAUUUAAAAAAUUUAGUAAAGGUGUUGCAUUUUUUCCACUUCAAAUGGGCGAUCAUGUUUUUGUUGGUGAACGAGCUGUUGUUAAUGCAGCUAUUGUUGGCUCAUACGUUUAUAUUGGAAAAAAUGCCGUUCUAGGAAGACGAUGCAUUUUAAAAGAUUGUUGUUACAUUGAAGAUGGUGCUGUAAUACCACCGGAAACAAUUGUCCCCUCAUUUACACGUUUUGCUGGUAAUCCUGCGACAUGCGUUGAAGAUUUACCCGAAUGUACACUUGAUCUUAUGUUAGAUUUUACAAAAAAUUAUUAUCAACAUUUUUUACCAGCCGCAGUUUAAUUGAUUGAUAAAAAAAAAAAAUUUAUUUUAAAUCAUUUUCGAUUUUUUUCAUUUUUUUUGAGAAAUUUUAAUUUAUUAUUUAAUGUAAGAAUUAUAUUUAAUUUAAGAAAAAUAAAACUUUCCCACUUGGUUUAAUAAUUGCUUUUUAUUUAUUACAAAAAAAGAAAAUUGUAAUUUACCAUUUUUGUAAGUACAGAAAGGGGAAUAAUAGAUUUAUGUAUACAAUGAAAUAUUAAUAAAGUACCUAUAAUAAUAAAUCUUAA